AAUAAUAAUAAUAAUAAUAUCUUGUCUAUUCCAUGUUAUAAAAAAUAUAAACAAAUCUGGUGUGGUGAUCAUUACUAUGAACACUUCAAAAUUAAAAUAAACCAUUUUAUUCUAAAUAGUAAAAUAAAUAUGUUAUAUGUAAGGAAAAAAAAAAAUAAUAAUAUAAUAAUAAAUAAUCAUCAUAAUAACAAUUUAAAUGUAAUAAAAAAGAAAUACACCUAUAUCAGAUUACAUAAUAAUAAUGCCUGUUCAAAAAAAUAUAUAGCUAAUUCGAAUAAUUCAUUUAUUAUAUUAUCUAAGAAAAAAAAAAAAGAAUAUAUAUAUAAGAAGAAAUCAAACGAAGAUACUAACAACAAGGAUAUAAAAAAUAUUUUUUAUAUUACCAAAUUUUUUUUAAAUACAUUUUAUAAUGACAUGAAAAUUAUAAAAUAUGAAAUAUAUAAAAAGUGUUAUCACAAAAAAUUAAAUUGUUAUAAUAUACAUGAUGAAUAUAAUAAUAUGUUAUUAAGUUGUCAAAAUAAAUAUGAAGUAGCUAAAAAGGAUUUGAACAUAAGAUAUAAUAAUAUGAAAAAUAUCAAAGACAACAAGAAGAAGAAAAAAGAAAAAAAAAUUCUUUUUAAAUCGAAUAAAAUUAAUUGUAUACUUUCAUAUACUUAUAAUUUUAUUAUUUAUUUAAAUGUUGAUAAAAUAUCAUUUUAUUGUCAUAUGUAUAUGUUUCUAAAUAAUUACAUAGAUUAUUAUAUAAAAUUAUAUUUACAAAUAUUAAAGAACGAAUUUCUAAAUAAAUUUUUUCCAAUAAAAAGAAAUCAAAAUCAAAUAAAAUAUUCUUAUAGUCAUAAAUAUAUAGAAGACAUUAUAACAUUUUUAAAAAGAAAAAAAAAAUUUGUAUUUCAAAAGGGGUAUGAAAAAAAAAUCAUACAACAUAAUAAUGAUAUAAUAACAUGUGGUGAUAUGAGAUAUAAAGAAAAAAAAUAUAAUAUUCAUAAUAAUAAUAUAAAUAAUAAUAAAAAUAAUGAUGAUAUAAAUAAAAGUUUUAAAUUGUCUUUAUUUCAAAGAUUAUGUAACUUAUUUUUAGUUGAAAAGAUUUAUAUUAAUAUAAAUAAUAUUGAAUGUAUGUUUACAUUUAUUUGUAAUUUAGAACAUACAAAUAAGAAUACAGAGAAAAUAAAAAAAAAGGAAAAAAGAAAAACCAAAAAGAAAUAUGAUAAAGAAAUAUUAUUAUUAAAAAUAAAAAGAUUUAAAACUAUUAUUAUGAAGGAAGAAUUUUGUAAAUAUAAUAAACUGAAUAUAUUUAAUAAAAAUAAUAUAAAUCUUGUAUAUCUAUUUAAAAGUAAAAUAUAUAAUAUAAAUAUAUAUCUAAGAAAUAUAAAACAAAAAAAAAAUGAUUUAUUAUUUUUUACUAAUUAUUUAUUUUUUUUUUGUAAAUUUAUUAUAAUCUUAAAUAAUAUGAAUAAGACACACAAAUUUUUUUUUU